GAGCGAGGAGGAGAUGAGAUGCGCAGUUCCAUCCCAGGCCUGGGCAGGGUGAUGGUGUUCCUCGCAGCAGCCCUGGCAUCAGCCUCCUUUGCUAUCCCUGAAGACUGGGGAGAGGAAGGCGUGCAGUAUGGACAGCUGGGAACGGACGUGACCCUGUCAUGCCCUGGUGUCCCUGCCAGCUCACCAGUGCAGUGGAGACGAGCAGGUGCCACGGCGCUGCCAGAGGGCUCAGCCAUCCAGCAGGGAUCCCUGGUGCUGCCAAGGGCCAGCUUGGCCUUCGUGGGAACGUACAGCUGCCAUGGCGAGGACGGUGGCCUCCUGCACACUGUGUCCCUCCGCCUGGGGCACCUGCCUGGAGUUCCCUUUGUGUCCUGCAGAGCAUCUGACUAUGAGAAUUUCUCUUGCUCCUGGACCUCCAGUGUGGAGACCUUCCUCCCUACCAGAUACAUCACCACAUACAGGAAGAAAUCUCUGACAGGCGAAGAAAAGCGGAGGAACAAGAACGGGCACGUGGGGCUGUGCCUGCAGGAUCCGUCCCGCCCUGGCACCUGCACCGUCCACAGGUCAGAGUUCUGGAGCUCCUACCGCCUGAACAUCACCGAGGUGAACCCCCUGGGCUUCAGCUACCGCCUUCUUGAUGUCACCAUGCAGGCCAUCAUUAAGCCUGACCCUCCAGAGGGUUUGGUGGUGGAGCCUAUCCCCCUGGCCCCACGGCGACUCCAUGUGAGCUGGAAGUACCCUUCCUCCUGGCCAAAGGAACCCCACUUCCAGCUGAGGUUUCGGCUCCAGUACCGACCCGUCAUCCACCGUUCCUGGUCCGUGGUAGAGACGGUGAAUCUGUCUGAGGUUAUCACGGAUGCCUUCACCGGGCUGGAGCACGUGGUCCAAGUCAGUGCCAAGGAUUUCCUGGAUGCAGGGAAUUGGAGCGAGUGGAGUGCUGAGGCCCGAGCAACACCAGUCAGAGACUUGGCCUCCACAGCAAGUGAAGAAACCACUACAGAUGCCAGACUGGAGAGCCUGGCUGAGGAGCCCUCCCAGGCUCCCAACCCUGAGCCCAUAAAUCGCAGUGACCCCUUGGAGAAGAUGGCUGUCCUGGUGUCCCUUGGGAUCUUUGCCUUCUUCAUCCUGGCUGCUGUUCUUGUCAUCACCAUCCUCAUCUGGCUCCGGGUGAGGAAACAUGGCAAGGACAAGACCAAACCCAACUUUUUGGUUGCUGCCACCCACUUGAAGGCACUACCAAAAGCUCAGAUCCUGUAGUGAGCCCUGGCCGAUCCCUGCUCCCUGCACCCGCUUGCCCACGCGUGGGACUUGAUGCCACUGCUGGCCCCCAAGGACCCCACGCCUCCUGGGUCACCCCACAGCUGUGGACAUUGCCGGAGCCCCCAACACCCUGGGGUUGCAGGAUGGAUCCUAAGGAGAGAGGCUCUGCUCUCAGGAGCGUUGGACUGCCUGAGCCCACCAGGAGCCAGCUGGAGUCACUUCAGGCUCAGGGUGACAGGCCAGCUCCACCUCCGAGCGCUGCUAAACAAAUGGGGAUAAGACACUGAGCCAGCCCCACUUCACUGCCUAGUGUUGAGGGGGACCAUGGGUGUAGGCUCCCGGGGGUGCUGGGCAUCAGUGCCAGACCGAGGGGUGCUGACCCCUGCCUGUCACCCCCCACCGGCCGCCAGCAGGCGGAACAGAACACCCCCUGCCCCUUCCCUCUGCCCCAACCCCCUGUGCUGUGGCUGGACGGAGCAGCGAUGCCAAUAAAGGGGAUAUGCCAAUGCUACCAUUGGCACUGUCCAGGCAAACCCCAGUGCAGAUGAUGUGGGGCCAAGGGAAGGAUGAGUGCCAGCUUGGGAAUGGUCCUUGCAGGAGGUGCACAGGCAGCAGGGCUGCCUCCCAAACUGUUCAGCCCUCUCUCCAGGUGCCUGAAGGGUCUGAGGGAGCAUGACAGCUGAGACAGGACCCUCUGCACAGCCCCCCUUGCUCUGCAUGCGGCCCCCUUGCUGCACCUCGACCUGGCCCCUCUAAUGGCUUCCAUGUGUUGGCACCUCCCGACCCCCGUGCUCAGUGCCAGCAGCCCAACGAGAUCCAGAUGGAGCUGGAUGGAAAUUCAGACAGCGACAAUGCGUGGAGCACGGGGAGCAGAGCCAGUGCAGGGUGGGGACCCACCUGGGUCCUGGGGCUGCCUGUGACCCUACAAUGCAGAGGGAGCCUGGACUGGGGCACCCACAAAGGGUCCUUGUAUCGGCUGGAUUGUAGGGAACUGGGGCAAGCUGUGCCUUUUCCAGUGUCUUGUGUGCCCACAGGCUCCCUGCUGCUCUCACUGGGUGCCCUGGUUGUGGGGUCCAUGCUUGACUUUGUGGGGUUGCAGCCCUUGCCUGUCUCUCAUGAGCACAUCAGAGAGUUGGGGUUCAGCCCUCUAUCUGGCACUAUCCCUGGACGAGAGCAGAGCUCUCCACAGGGCAGGUAAGGCAGAUCACCACCCUGGGGAGGUGUAAGGAGCCAGAUCUUGCCUGGACUUCCAAGCUCAGCAGCCACAUCACCUCUCCCAGGUGUAUCCCUAGGUUGAAGCUCCAGCUGUAUCACACUGCCAUCAUCUUCUGGGCUCUGAUCCCCAGCAUCCAACCCAACCAACACAUAUUCUGACAUGUCAUAGAGUCACCUUUGUCUUGUCCUGGUCACCCUUUUCUGUCCUCAGUCCCCAGCAAGGCAUGGCAGCCUUUACCAUUGGAAACCUCCUCUUAUUGCCACCAGAUCCCACUCCUCUGCCACUGUGGAAGGGAUCAGGGCAGUGGUUGUCCAGAGAUGCUGUGGAACACAGGUGAUGUACAUCCCAUACCUGUGGCUCCAGUGUUUGCAAACAAUUUUCCAGUAUCUUCCCAGCAAUUCUCAGUAAUUUCCCAGCAUCUGGUGCUGGUUUAGAGCCUGCUCGAGAUGUAGCAGCACAACAGACAGAAAACGUGAGACGGCAGCUCUGGCCCCUGUAUUCUGCCUGCUUUUAAACUCCAGGAAGUCCAGGCAUGCUCCAAAUAGAAGUUUGUUGCUGCUGGCUGGGGAACACAUAGAUCUGUUGUCCCCAUGUGCCAAGCCUGUGUCCCCUGGGGCUUGUCUGGCCAGGCAGUAGGGACACCCAGUUCUGAUGACCAGGGCAGCUUGAGGGCAGGAGAGGCACAUCUGGGCCUCAUCACUGCAUCCUGCUGCCCAUGGUCCUGGAGGGUGACCCCUUUCUGGUGUGAGGAGUCAUGACCUGCCAUCCGUUUGGCAGCUGGAGAUACCAAGAACAGGCAGGGGGUUUGCAUGCCACCACAAAAUCCUGCUUGCCUGCACUGUGGCUUCCUGCUGGGAUGCCCCAUGGCUCAGCUCCCUGCCCCAGUAGCCUGUAAAUGUCACACACAGGCUGUGAGGACCCAAAGGAAGCAGCAAAUUCUGUGCUUUGGGGAAUAAAGAGGCCUGGUGCUGGGUGCUGCUCUCCCUGUUGCCAAAGGGGAAGAUGCACUGGUGCUGGACAUGGGCAAAGAGGGCUUUCCAGCAGACUGAGAAGAUGCAAAGGGAGGGCUGGGGUGAGCAGCAAUCUGGAAUAAAGGAGAGGGACCCAAAUGCCAAAAUCAACUUUGUCUUCAAGCUGUGGAGAAGAAAAACAGGAAGGGACCAUGAGACCAGUCCCAGUGCCGGCACCUCCCUGUCCCACUGUGGGGCCAGGGCACUUCCUGCAGGCUUGGGCUCUCUGGUGGCUCCCAGAGCCGCUGAGUGAGCAGGAGGCUUCCUGCUGCAGGCUGGAGCCCUGCCUGGACGCACCCUGCCCCAAGUACGCAGAGGCACAUCCAAACUUGCCUUUGCUGCCAUAUCCCACCCUCCACAGGGUGGAUGCUGUGCCAAGAUCGCCAGGGGAGCUGGUACAAGCCGGGCCUGGAGAUGCUGAGAAUGUGCCAGGUCAAAGCAGCCCAUGGACUGCAUCCACAUGAGGCAGGGAUGUGUCCAGCUUCCUGGCAGGGAACAGGGACCAGCCCAAGCCCAGCAGGAAAAAAGUGCAGAACAUGGCUUGGGAUAUACUUGGUUUUAAAAAUUUCCAUCAGCUGAUGCUACGCACCAGUGCAAGUCUCCAGCACUGAGGUAUGGAGACAUCCAUAUCCAUUGUCUCCAUCCAGCACAGGGUGGCCAGAUCGUGUCUCAGGCAGGGGCUUGUUUGGAAAAUCUAUAGCUUUGGCAAAAGCCUUUGCAACAGGGCACUGGUUGUGGGUGGUUGUGCAGCAGUGCCUGGGCUGUUUGACUGCCACCAGCCCUGCCAAAUUUCUGAGCUAGCCCUCAGGACUAGCCUCCUCCUCUCCCUGCCUCGCUGCCAGGAUCAGCCCGCAUUUUGCUGGGGAGGAGGCGAGUUGCACAGGACUGUGAAGCAAAACAGUCUCAACUUACCUCUCAUGGCUGCUUCUGCUUCCUUCUGUGCCAAAUCCUGAGCCAAGGAAAGAAGUAAAAGCAGCUUAAGCAGAAUAGCCAUGAAAUAUACAGCCGUAUAUGUCAUGAAAUGGUGUAGAGAGCAAAGGGUAUGUACACAGUCAGUGGUUCAGCAGGAAGGGAAGGAUGCAUGGAUUGAAGGAGACCUGCAGAUGUAUAUAUGAAUGUGUGGAUCAGUUGUCAGGGGGAGGAAGAGAUAGAUGAAUUUAUAGAUUAAUGUAUGGAUAGGUGGUUUGGACACUUAGUUACCAUCCUAAGCAUCAAAGAUGCUCACUCUGCAGGGGCUGACUUGUGAAGAAGGAUGAGAGGCCCAUGGGCAGAGAGCAAGGACUGUGUUUGGGAACAAGCCUUGGGUGUGACCUGUGUGCCCAGUCCUCAUGUGGCAUCACAGCUGACAUGAGCCAGAGCCUGAGCUGUCAUCAGUGCAGGUCCUGAGAGUACAGGGGAGAAUGUGAGCAUCUCCAGAGGGAUUGCAUCCCCCUCAGGAGCCACUUCCAUCUCACACUGCCCAGACACAGAGUAGGAACAGCAGAGACAGUGUGCCCAGAGACGCAGUGCAUCCAAACAUGAAUGCUUUGAAAAUGUAGUGCUGAGCAUUCACCCUGACCAUGGCUUUCAUCUCACCUCCAUGUGGAUACCUCUGCCUGGGAACUUGCUAGAGAUCCAAGCACUCAACCCAUUAGAGACCCCUGUGAUCCCCCAUACUCCCUCUUCUUCAUCUGCAUCCCUUUCUAGCUGCCACAGGCCUGAAAAUUCCUUGCUCUUUUUCUGCAACAGAAGAGGAAACAUCACCUACCAGGCCAAAUGUGGAGAAGGAAGAGAACUGAGACAUCUUCUUGCUGCUGCAUUGUCAGCUUCUCCCUCCAGAAAUUGGUUGGUUUCUUUUCUUUGCUUGCUGGGGCUGGCCCCUUCCCUGCCUCUAGGAUGCUUCUGUUCUUUCACAGACGGGAAAUGCCAAGCACCUGGCCACAGAGAUGCUGGGAGGCAACAGCCAGCAGCACAGCACUGCUGCUUUUGAUGCUCUUGGGAAAUAGUUACACCCUGCUCCAAGCAGCAGCAGCAGCCCACAAUUUUCCUGCUAGAUUUUCCCUUUUUCUGUUUUUUUUCAGCACUGGAAACAGUCCUGCUGUCCAAGCACGAGUUCCAAGUGUGUUGUGUCCCUGUCCUGGAGUGUGGUGGCACUAGGGGGCACAUGCUGCGUGCUCCCCAUGCACACGUUUCUGCUGUGCAACAUGAGGGCUGCACCUCCUCAGAACUGCCGUGUCACUUGCUCAGAGGAGAUGAUCUCCUCCCUUCCCCAUGGCAGGAACUCCAUCUUCUCCAGCUGCAGCGACUAAAACAGAGCAGGACACACUUUGGCAGCUUCCCUGGGCAGCCUCUCUACCUGCUUUCCUCCCACCAGCUGCACUUUUUCCUCCCCUGCAUUCACUGCCACAUCUUUGUCAGCAUGGGCAGAAUAAGCAAGUGGAGGUUAUGGACAGCAUGGCCCAGCCCUCUGCAGGAACUUCUGAACCAGCUGUGACGGUCCCAUGCUCCCCAUGUUUCCAGGAUUCCAUGGAGCAGGCACUGGGCAGACAGAGUUCUGUACAGCUAUGCCUUUGUCUUCAUCCUGAAUAUGAUGGACCCAAGUCAAAUGUGCCUCUGGGAGUCUCGUGUGUGCUGUGCAGGGUAACAUCACAUUCAAGCAAUUCCCAGCCUUUGUUCUCCACUGGGAGAUCCACCAGGUGUGGGAGCAGUUGAGCUCCACGUGAAUUCUAGGCACUGGCACUGGCAGUCACCUCUGUGCUGAUGGAUCUGGAGGUUGUAAGGUGCCCAAAGUGUCAGAUCUGUCUGAGAUCCACUCCUGGGAUGAUGGCUGAUCCCCAGCAGGAUCUGCAGGUCUUACAGGCACUGAUUCCCAGGGAAAGCUAACCUGGAAAGUGCUGAUCACUAGAAAUAUGCUGACCUGGAAGGCACUGAUGCCAGAGGGGAUUCUGACUUGGAAGGUGCUGAUUGCCAGUGGAGUGCGGAGGAUGCCAGCCUGGAGGGCACUGAUUCCCAGGAGGAUACUAACCUGGAAGAGAGAUGCCUGGGACGAUGCCAGUCUGGAAGGCACCAAUCCCCAUGGCUUUGCUGACCUGAAAGGCACCAUUUGUCCAGAACAUGGUGCUUUAUUUCCCCUACUACAGAGCAUUUCUUUCAGCUCCCCACAUACCCUGGGCAGCAGCUUGGCCAGGGUCCUCUCCAAGGCUUGUCUAGGGAUCCACACUCAGGCAUCUGUGGCUGGCGGCAAAGAGCCUGGCCAGCUGCCUGAAGGGAGCUGAACCAGCACCACCUAUUCCAAUUUCCCUCCUCCCCAGAACCAGCUAUGGGCAAGGGGCCGUGUGGCUCCCGGCUUCUGCCAAGAUAACCACGAGCCACAUCCUUCAGCAGGCGAGAUACACAGACUCUGUUUUCCCACUAGAUGGCAAACAUUGCCUUCAAAAACAGCCUUCGGAGAAAUUGUGCCCAUCCCUGUGAAAGGAGGCUGAGAAAAUGCUCAGGGAAAAGCCUGGGGGUGAUGGGCCUGAGGCUUCUUCAGGGUGGGGCUGGAGGUGGCAAGGACCCUGACAUGAUCCUCACCUUGCUCUUUCUGUCAUUUCUGAAGUGGUUUUCCUUUCCCAGCUGCCUGGUUUCUCCCCGGUCCUGGAAGACCCAUCCCUUGUCCUGUGCUGGUGGGACUGAGCACCCUGGGUGUGCAGGAGAAGCAUCUGGUUAACUCUGGGUAGCACCUUGAACUUCCACAGCCACAGAGCGAAGCCCAGAAGCUUUUCUGGGAAUUAAUUACAUUGUGGUUUGUGAACCAAAUGAGUGUUCAUUCCUCUCUGCCAGUGCCCAGGUCCACAGGCAAGCCAUUAUGCUGUGUGGAAAUAAAGGAGGCAGGGAUGAAGGGUGUGCGUGGGGAUGUGCACACUUGUCUAAGGUCUUCUGCUAGCUCAGAAGUAUUUCCAGGCUUGUUUAAGUUUUAAUUCAGACCCAGAUUUUUUCAUAGUCUCUGUAUUAUCCUUGUGCAGAAGUUUCCUGAGUGUUUGCUGCUGGCCCUGGCAUUGGUGCAAUAUUGCUGUGUGGUUAAACAUGAUGUGUCAUAGCUAAUGAAGGAGCUAACUGUGGAUAGUAAAUGUUUAAUAUGGACAAAUCAAGCCAAUUAGGGAAUGUCAAGAGAAAAGUGUGUCAUCUCAGCUGUGUCUGUCCUGUGUGGAGGAGAGGUCCUGUGGAAGAGUAAAACCCCUGCCACCGCAGGAUCAGCAGCUCCUAACACCAGCCAAGGGUAAAGAUGCUGGAUGCAGAUCUUCCUGCAGACCUCCAGCCCACCCUGGGGGUAUCUUCACCUGGGAACAAGGACAGUUUUUUCAGAACAAGACUUUGUUUCUGGAAUGCAGACCUCUGUGUGGCUGGAGGGGAUGGCUGUCAUCUCCAGAGCCAAGCUGGGAAAUGAGAAGUAGUAAAUCAUCUCACUUAAAACACUCCUUGUAGACCCCCAGCAGGACUCUUGGCCAUUCACAGCAUGCUGCCUGGUUUUGUGGCAAGCCUGUGGCCUGGUUUUGUGGCAAGCCUGUGGCUCAGCAGUGCUCAGACGGGAGCACCAUGGAUCCCCAACAAUGACAGCCCCUCACCAAGCAUUAACUAAUGGCAGCAGCUGAAUUCCCUCCACAAAGCACUCUGGAGCCCUGCUCCUCACAGCUUCCUCUGCCCUCGCUGCCUCAGUUUCCUCCUGGGACAUUGUUUGGUAUCAUUUACACUUAGGUUAGAAGAACCCUUUAGGUGUCCUGGCCUUUCUUCCACGAGGGCUGGCAAAUCCCUCACCAGGCUGUUUAUAGUCACAGAGAAAACUCUGGAAAAUGAAAGGAAGAGUGUGACUGGGGAAUAGAAACUGGGGGAGCUGUUGGGAGCCAGUGUGCAGCCUGUGGCUCAGGGCAGCGAGCCAGUGACAGAUCAUGAUGAGCCAAGCAGGUAGAAAGAGAAGGCCCUUCUGGCCCUUUCCAGCUGGGCUCCCUGCCAACCCUUGUGUUGGUGUGUGCUGAUUACUGGGGACAACAGGGACAGCAGUGACAACGUGGAUGGUGUGGGCUCUGGUGCAGCACCCCUGUGGCUUGAGGCUUCCCCAUCCCUUGGUGAAACUCACAGCCUCUGCAGGCAGCAGAGCAGAAGUUCAGCACAGAUGUGACUGCCUCAGUCCUGAAGUUGAGAUUUACCAGCCCAGGAGGGUUUGACCUCUUAACCUGAGGGCACCAAGGAAUGGACAAGUACCCCUGUCUAGGGCUGUCAUAUCUUUGUCUUGAUGUGUUCCUGAUUCCAGCUUUCCAGUCCAGGUCCUGGGGUGGUUUCCACUAAAUGCUUCCUGUCUCUGCAUGGCAUCUCCAAUUGGUGACAGGCUGCCAUGCACAGCAGCCACCCUCCCACCCCACAGUCUUACUUUGGGCCCCAUCUCAAUCCCUGGAGGCUGGGCUCUGUUAGGAGUGGUCUCAAGAUAACCAGCAAACCAGGGGCUGAGGCAAACUGGGAGCCAUGUUCUCCCAUCCGCAGCAGCGUGACACCAUCCACAUCCCUCAGCUUGUGCUGCCUGGUGAGAAAAUCCUCUAAGCAUGAGGCUGGCAAUGCUUCAGAAAUUCUGGUAGAGCUGCCUGAGCUACCUGCAGAAAAGGUAGCCAAAGGAGCUGGAGAAAUGCUUUUGCUGUGUGCAGAGCUGAGGAAUGAGCCUCUCCAGACCCGUGUGGCAGGAUAAGGGGAAUAGCCCACCGUGGCACUCUGAGAGCCCCAGCAGAAGCAUCGUGCAGAAAUCAACACCCAGGCAUGCAUAGAGAGGAGCAAGGAUGCUCCAGCUAUGCUUGCACUAAGAAAUCUGACAGGGACUUCUUUCUGGUUGGGAAUGUUGCCUGGCUUUGGGUGAGGCUCGCUGACCUGGGCCAAAACCUGCUGGGAAUAAUGCUCAGAGUUUUCCAGCACAAGGGGACAUUUGCUCCAGUCACUGCCACCUGCAGCCCUGAUGCCCUGCAGUGGGCACCCCACUGUGUUCAGGGGCACUGGGACAGUCAGGAAGGUCUGAAGGAAGACUCCUGCCUGUAGCUUGGCUAAAGAGAGCUGCUGAGCUCAGGGGCCCACUGGAAGGUUGGAUGGAAGGAAGCACAGAACAAUUUGUGUGCCACCAUUGCUGGGAGGGCUGCUGCCCAGCAGCAGGGGAACCCAGCAGAAACCGAAGCCUCAGAGGAAAGAGGAAGAAGUCAGCGCUGUUGGUGGCUCAGAUCCUGCAGUGGGUUAGUGGCCUCCCCUUCCUGCGGGAUUUUUGCUGUUUGCUCAUUCUUAUUACAGAGAAUAAUAGGAGCUUGGCUCUGCUCCAGGGCCCACUUCUGCAGAAAAUAACCUCUUUCUCUUCCUUUUUGCAUUACAAUCCUUUAAAAGCAGCAGUUCCUAAGCUGUGGCUUGAGGAUCUGUGGUGAAGACCUGACAGGUGAUGUGCAGACCUGCUUCUUCACCUCUACAGUGCUCCUUGCUCUGCAGGGCUGGAGACCUAUAAAAGUGUUAGAACUGGGAUCUGGAGCCAGGGGUCAGGUCAUGCUUUUAUUUCUUCAGGAAGGCAGUCACUUCAAAGAUAAAAAACCGAAAGGAUCUGCCACCUUUGCUGGAACAUCAGCUGCAAAAGGAAGUGCAGGUUCCCUUUGCACAGGCUCCAGCACAGCCCAUGGUGACUGGUACUGUGAUUCCCUUGGUAUAACAAUUCUGAUACCCUUCCUCAAAGCACAGCUCAGAUCCAGAAUGUAAGAAAAGCCCAAAAAAGACAAGGAGACUGGUUGUCAGGGUGAUGGGCAGCAGCUGAACCCUCACAAGGUGCGAGAAGGGGUGCUGCCCACCCAGCUGUAGGGUCUUGCUCCUGUCACGCCAAGGGAAGCCCAGUCUCUUGGUAUCUCUGGGAUCUGAGGUGUUGACCCAUCCUGUGCUCCUCAUCUUUGCCAGGAACGGCAAGGAGACAACACAGCUCCCCACUGCUCCUCUAGUUGUGGCUCAGGCCAGGAGUGACAAAGUACCUCUGCAAGCCACACAAUCCAUCAGCAGCAAAGGACAAAUUGCCACUGUCAGCUCUAAAAGAGAGAGGAUAAGACCAAGGUGUGGAGCUUGCAAAUGUCUCUGCAAGGAAAUGAACCUUCAUUGUAGCACUGUGAGUAUUUACUGAAAUGUACACAGGGCUGUGUAAUCUGUAAACCUGAGCAGACUGUAAAAAGGGGGAUAAGGUGCCAAGUCCUCCCUUUAUCAUUUAGAUUUACCUUCACUUCUUUUUUCUUUGAAGACAGUUACCAGGCUAAGUUUUUGUAUCUUGUACCCAAUAAAGAUAUUGAAAGCCC